GUUUUCAUUUUGGCCCCUCUGGUUCUAAGGUUCGUGUUCGGCCCCUGGAGAUCGGUGCCAUUUAUUCCUCAUUUUUCCCACAAAAUGCCUACAGGAAAGCUUGAAGUCCUCCUUGUCAGCGCUAAAGGACUCAAUGACACCGAUUUCUUCACAAAAAUGGAUCCUUAUGCGAUAAUCACAUGCAGAACUCAGGAACAAAAGAGCAACGUCGCAGCAGGACAAGGAUCUUCACCUGAAUGGAAUGAGACAUUUGUAUUUUCUGUUUCUGGUGAAGUGGAAGAACUUGUGAUCAAGAUAAUGGACAGUGAUGUUAUUUCUGAAGAUGAUUUUGUGGGGGAGGCCAAAAUUCCACGUGAGACAUUGUUUGUGGAAGGAAGCAUCCCACCAACACCAUACAACGUGGUCGUUAAUGAUGAAUUCUGUGGGGAGAUUAAACUUGGCCUCCAAUUCAUUCCAGAGGAUACAAAUGAAUACCAUGGGGAAGAGGAAAACUUUGGAGGAUGGAAAGAAUCUUCGUAUUAAAACUAUGGAUCAUAGUUUUAUAUGUAUUAAUCGGUAUCAGUUGUUUUCAGUUUAUUUUUUAUUUUCUUUAACCUUUUUGUGGAAAAAAAAGAAGAACUUUGAUGACUUUCGUCAUUGUUUUAGUUGGAGCUUUGCUUGUGCUUGAUUAUUUUCUUUUCAUUUUAUUGGAGACUAUUUGACUUUAAGUUGAACGAAAAUUGUGUUCGUGAUUUGUACUAC